GACGACGAGCUCGCUGUGCGUUGGGGGUAGAAGACGAGAGGUGCUGGGGUUCGGAUCCGACACACUCGCACACGCUCAUUCAGUCCGUCAGCCAGCCAGACACUCAGUCAGGCAGACAAAGAGGAGCAGCAUCCGGCAGGAGGACAGCACGCUCCCGGGGGAUGGGGCAUCAUACCCCUGCAUCGCGUCGGGGGGGCCGGAGGAGGCACAGGAGAGCCAUUCAGAAGAGUCGGGGGUCAAAGGUGAGAAGAGCAGAGGGUACCAUGGAGAGUGAGCCGGGGGCCCCUGCCCCCACGGCCAACAGCACCGCCACCGCCACCGCCACCGCCUCCACCUCCUCCAGCACCACAGCUGCCAGCAGCAGUAGUACCUCUAACACUACUGCUACUACUUCUACCACUCCCCCCAGCAGUAGUAGUAGUAACACAAACAGUAGUGCCAGUAGUAGUACUGCAGCAGGGAGGCAGGCGGUGCCUCAGAUAUCUGUUUACAGUGGGAUACCCGACCGGCAAACAGUGCAGGUGUUCCAGCAGGCGCUACACAGACAGCCUAACACAGCAGCACAGUACCUGCAGCAGAUGUACGCGGCUCAGCAGCAGCAUCUGAUGUUACAGACCGCUGCCCUCCAGCAGCAGCACAACCUCAGCACUGCUCAGCUGCAGAGCCUGGCUGCUGUCCAGCAGGCCAGUAUCGCUGCUGGCCGGCAAAGCUCUUCACAGAACGGCACUUCAUCCCAGCAAACAGGAACAACUCAAGCUACGCAGUUCCAUUUCCUGUGUUGCGUGCCCGAUAUCAGGACUACACCAGCAGCACACCUUAAGAAAAGAAUCAACCUGACCACCUCCCCGGCAGCAGCGCAGCUCAUCAGCAGGGCCCAGAGCAUAAGCUCCACCCCCACCAGUAUUUCCCAGCAGGCUGUUCUACUGGGCAGCCCAUCCAGCCCCACGCUCACAGCCAGCCAGGCACAGAUGUACCUGCGUGCACAGAUGGCCCAGCAGAGUAACCUGGUGCAGGUGGCCCGGAGUCUGGGCCGGGCGGUUCCUCUGUCCCCGCAGCUCAUCUUCACUCCAACUGCCACAGUGACGGCUGUCCAGUCAGAGAGCUCCUUGCAGGCCUCCUCACAGAAUCAGGUCCAGAAUCUAGCUAUCCGUGGCCAGCAGGGGGCGACCACGUCCUGCUCUCACACUCAGACCCUGCAGGCUCUCAGUCUGAAGCAGAGCCCCGUUCCCAUCCAGCCGGCCAAUCUGAAGAAUCCCAGCCAAGUACCGCAGGCCUCCACAGGAGCAAAGGCCGGCUCCUCUGACAGUUCAUCUGAAGCUGGGAAGAAGGGGGACAACUCAGAACCCCGAGCUAUCAACAUGAGCCGCAACGUCACAUCUAUCAGCGCUCAGCCACUGAUUUCUCCAGCGUACACUCAUAUCCAGCCCCACUCCCUGGUUCAGCAGCACAAGCAGCAGCAGCAACAGCAGUUUGUGGUCCAUCAGAGUCAAGCCUCCCAGAGGGCCGCGGGCCAGCUGCUGCAAACAGCCUCCAUUCAACCGUCUCAGCACCCCGUUCCCGUGCUGCCCAAACCUGCUCCGCACCAGCCCUCCAUGCCCAGCCAGCAGGCCACCAUCUUCCACUCCACCAUCAGCCCCCACACCCUCCACUCCUCCCUGAACCACGCCAAAGCUCAGCCCGUCCAGCUCACUGCCAUCAACCUGCAAAUACAUCCAACAGCCUCCCGAAUGCUUCACGACAAUAAAGAUAAACCGACCUCACUGGUGGUCAGAGAGAUGUGUCCACCCCCUGCCACGCAGCAGCAGCAACCACCACCACAACAGCAACAACAACAACAACAUCGGCAGCAGCAGCAGCAGCAGCAACAACAACAACAACAGCAACAGCAACAACACCAGCAGCAGCAACCUCCACCUUUACCAUCUCAACCCACCAAGCCUGUCGAGCAGCCCAAAGUCCAGCCACCCACACCAGCUGUCCAGCCACAAGGUAAUGACUCAGCAUGGAGAACUCAAAGGUUUCGGUAAAUACACUUUAGUAAAAUAGCCACUGGGACUAGGAAAAGUGGUUGAAAAAACGUUAUCUUUGGGCCAACAAAACAGUUUAUUUUUGCACCGCUCUGCUUGAGUUGGCCAUCUAUUUGAACUUUCAGUGACGGACCAUAACAUCAAUGCUGGUGUUUACUUGUAAUUCAGAAUGUGUUGUGUCUGCAGCACAUUUCGUUUCACUCCUCUCUGUCUCUUAUUGCUUUGUUUUAUCUGCGACUCAUCUGAGAUGCAGCCAAAUAGCUCAGCUGAUACCCACAAUUCACUCAGCGCUGCUCAAACAUUUAAACUCGACAUAAGCCCUGAACAGCAGAACAAUAAUACACCCAGACUCAUAAUGGACCAUUAUUGUUUUUAUUAUGUUGUUGCCUGUACAUUACAUUGGAGACAUUUGAGCACACUUGGUCACUGUUUUAGUGUAUAGUAUCGGCCUGGCUGUUGCACACAAUGCAAGGGAGACUUCAUGUUCAUAUUGUGUUCGCAACCAUUUAC